AACGCGCGCUGAGCGUAAACGCACGUGUGAAGCGUAGACGUUUUAGGUCAGUUCGGCCUUUCUUGCCAGUAUCUUGUUGACUAGCGUUAUUGCUCUUGUAAUGAGCGGAGUCACGGGUAAUCGUCAGUCUAUUAAGAAAGGAAAUAUGUUUGUGCUGCACUGUGUUGUGUUGUGGGUGUGUUGAAGGAAAACUGUGGCAUCUUUCCGCGCUCGGUGCACAGAAUCAGGAUGGAUGUUCGUCGUCCCAAACAGGGCGAGACUGACGAGGAACUCAUUCGCUUGCAAGAAGAGUUUCUGAAAAGCGGCGAGAGACCAUCGGUCCAAUUGUUCGAGCCGAACGGAAGAAUCCGGAAGCGAAGACGCACUCGGUCGCUGAACCGAACGAAACCACUGCUGUUUGUGAUCGAAAGGCGCCGAUACCUGCGUCAAAUGCCAGCGAUAAAUCACCUGAGGUGGUGCACGUGCAACUGGACUCUGUGCUGUGCGAUGUCAUUGAACGCAAUGUUGACAAGGAUGUCAUCAGGCCUCCCACAACGGUGUGCCAUUUCCAGAACCUAUGAGAGUUUCGGGCACUGUGUCGCAAGGUCGCAAGAGUCUUUCUGCAUCGAGGUUCAAGAAGAUGAACACAGCAGGGCACAAGCGCGAUGCUCUGGAACUGUCACUUCAACGUCACUGCCUGGCUCGGCCCUGUCGAAGGAUGAUUACGAAGCCGUGCACGCUGAAAACCUCGGACGAUUGGCUUCCAUGUCGCACGAGGAAAAAAUGAAAGCACAGCAGGAGCUCCUUUCUCGGCUGGGUACACCUCUUCUUUGUUUGUCCACAACGUUACAGUGUGCACUUUUUAUGAACCAGGUGGUUUUCCACAUAUAACCUGAACAUGUAUUAGUUAUCUGUUGCCAGUAAUACGCCACUUCAAUCGCUUUAGGCGCAUUACCUGAAGAGGUAUUGUUUCAACAUUUCCAAGUUCAAUCGAAGGUCAAAUGAACAGGAAAUAUGCCACAUUCAAAUGUUAUAGAAUAAAGAUUGGGAAAAUGUUAAUACUUUUUAUGAUAGUUUUUCAAAGUGAUAGUUCAAUAGAUAGUUUUCAAAAUGACCAGAGAAUAAAGAUGUCCGC